CGUUGCACCGACUCAAUUACGAGAUUCGCAUUCCGUUGGAAAGUAGCCGCGAGUGCAGCCAUCGAGCAGAAGGCUGAUAUUUGGCAUCGGUGGAAACCGACUCCUGCAGCGCGCAAGCUCGCUUUCUUCUAUUCACUUAUCCUUAUCUCAAUGUAUUAUCGAAAUCAACGUACUUUCGUCGUUUUCCUCUUUUGUAAAAUUAUGCGUACCGGAUGCAUCUACGUUUCACGGGCAGCAAUUAUUCCCUCUCUUAUCGCGUUCUGUUCUUUAUCUCCUCCGAAUAGCUAUUUUUCUUCGCGUCGCUCCUCUCCCUUUCCCUCGCGUUUUCCACAGAUUUUCACUUCUUCACCCCUUCGUCGUGAUUUCACCCUUCCACUCGUCCCUUGUCAGAUUUCCUGACUCGUUAUAUCUCUGUUGGAAUCGCAUCCGUUCCUCUCCUGCCGAGGCUCCACCUUUCCACUCGUGCACCCUUUCUACAAACUUUCUCCCCUACACGUUUCGUUUCUCUUGCACUCGUAUAAAAUCUUGUAUAUAACUUGUUUUAACCCUUUGCCCGAUCGCAGGGCCGUCUCUGGGUUAUUCGUUUCCCGAGUGGUAUCUAAAAUUUGCCGCCAUCCUUUUGCCAAAAAUGAUUUAAUUCGAGUAGCGUGCACGCGCCUGUCCGCCGCUCCCUUCUUUCGGUCCACCUUCCCUCUCAGUCUUUCUAUCGUCGAGAACCAUCCCCUCCAUUAUCCAUUUCGCUCGCACCAUCCAUCCCCCGUUGGCCACCAAUCCACUCGCAGAUUUUCCCUCUCGCUCUGUUCUCGAUGGUUCAGCUCGUUCGGUCUCUGUCUCCACGGUGGUCGCGCUGUCUGUCGCCGACACCGAGCAUCGCGAGUCAGUCCGGUUGCCUACCUCGGGCGCUGUUGACAGCCACCCCCGUGCGCGAGAAACCCUUCCCGAAGCCAGUCGCGUUUCCAUCUCUUCCACAGUGAUAGCGAGAGACCCCCCAUUAGCGCGUCUUCCGUUUCGUUUCGUUCCUCUACGAAACCGGCUGGUGUGUCGUUACGUCGUUACGUCGUUACGUCGUUAGCCAUCGAGAAGACAACGGCGACGUUCACGUUUCGAUCGAGCGAAACCGCGAGGUACUCUAGAUCGACGAUCCACGCGUCCUUGUUCGCUUUACUCGCUGUCCAUUAUUUUGCUCGUCUCCGGAGCCAGCGAAACGAACCCAGGAUCCCCGUGACGAUCACCGUCAGAUAAUUCAAGGAGAAGAUGACGACGCGCAUAACGAACCGCGCGAGAUCAUGGUGGUGAGGAGCGGAUCCGUCGCGCGAACUAGAGGCAAACGGAGAAGAAAGCAAGCAGCGAGUUGGCAUGAACGACGAGGGGAACAAUCCCGACGACGCUCACGGCGAUGGUUAUAGACGUGACGUGACGACCACGUUCCUGUCUGUCGACUAUUUACGUUCGUUCUCGCUCGUCAUACUUGCGAUCGCUACGAUGGUGUUGAUGACGCGCACGUCGGAUCGUCGGUGUGCCAGCCUUCAGCGCGCCUAAAGCCGUAGGAAUCAACGCUGCGAUCGUCACCACGAGAAAGCGAGUCCACAGGAAUCUGCAACGACGCGGAGAACCAGGGUAGCCCGCGACCAUCGUCUUGCAAUGAACAGGCUGCACCUGCCAAGGCGCAUAAUGUGUCUCGCGUGACACGCGCCGUUUCUCGGUACAUUUCUCGUCGGGGCUCUUUGGCUUGAUACACGCCCCCGCUUCCAUUCUACCCAGGGUAUAAUCCUUACGACGAGGACACGCGUACCAGGGAGGCACGAUAGUAAUGACGGUGAUGCUGCUGCAACGUUCAGUCACCCCGCAGUCGACGCACAGCCAAAAGACAGCGAACAAGGACUGCAGCGCGAAACAGUCAUUUUUAUUCCUGCUGGACGACCGUCCAGAGCAUCGACACUCGACGGACACGACUACCACGAUUACUACUAACAACAACAACAAUAACAAUAACAACGUCAACAACAACAACAACAACAACAACAACAACGUCAACAACAACAACAACAUCAACAUCAACAUCAACAAUAUCAACAACAACGUUCUCAAAAGAGACAGCAGUCUCUCGUACGUCGCCGAGGAGUCGGUGGCGUCGGUGACGUCCCAAAGACGCGCCGAUUGUGGCCAGGACGUCGCAAUGCGAUAUUACCGGCUCUGGAUCUACACCUGUAACUUGGUGCUGCUCGGUAGCGCGCUCGGCUUCGCCGCUACGGUCUCGCGUACUCUUUUAUUCACCGGCGAUCCUCGUCGUUUCGUGAUGCCAGGUGUGCCUCGUGCAUUCGACCCAACAGCACUCUACGCUUAUUUGGCACUGGCCACGCAGCUGGGCUUGGUGCAGUUGCUCGGCUGCAUCGCGGCUAGGAGGCUCAGCGCUAGACUUCUCAACGCCUAUUGGGUUCUACUUCUGGCGCUUCUGUUCGGCGACGCCGUCAUCGGGGUCGCCUGGGUCUUCCGAUUCGAGAGGAUGCGCGCCGAGCUCAGGCCCAAUCUCAGACAACGACUGCAGAUGGAAUACGGUAAGGAUCUACGAUUCACCGAGCAGUGGGACCGUUUGCAAAAGGAGUUUAUGUGUUGCGGGGUGACUGGUCCCAGAGAUUUCGUAAACCGUUGGCCUCAAACGUGCUGCGGGCCCAGCGUGAACGUCAGCGACGCGUGUCAACAACCGUUCGCGAGGGGCUGCGAGGAGUCUCUGAUGCGAUGGCUUAGGAAAACGGCAGACCUGCUGUUUGUGCUCGGUUUCUGCGUAAUCGCGUUCGCCAAGCUGUGUUUUCUGGGAAUCCUGCGGUACGAGAUACGAGAGAUGAUACAAAAGAUACGUCUGCUUCGGGAACCACCGCCACCGGCGACCACGUUAGCUCAACCACCGUUCUCACAGGUCAUGCCGGAAGCGACCAACAACGGGAACAUUGUUCGACGCACUACUCUGCCCAACGCUGUCGCUCCUCCCGGAAACGCGUCAUUGCUGCUUCAAACGGAGGACUGCAACACCGGAAGACACCCCCUGCUGGCAAACAAUCUGCAGGACGGUGGGGCGGACAGCGACACCAACAGCCAUUGCGCGUUGAUUCUCGAAGAAACGACGCCUACCACGGCGAACCACACCUGUGGUGCAGCUCGGGAGAAGAGCAACGGUAACAACAAUUACGAGAUGCGCGAGUUCAACAGAAGAUUGUUGCUGUCGAAUGGUGGCAGCCCGGGCACGGGGAUAACGGCAGGUGGACAAAGCAGGCGGACCUGACUAUGGAAGUGGUGGCGAAACACCUCGAACCGUUUCCUGUACAGAAGCAACCGGUCCGCCGAGAUCACCGUGUAUAAGUAAGCCAGCCCGUGCAUACGUGGCUCCGAUGCUUCAUGCGUGUAGCCGCACGGAAAACACGGAGAAAAGUUUGGAAAACGUGGUCAGAGACGAGCCGCUCCUCGGAUUCUACAUCCAACCUCUUGUACGGAAAGCUGUCGAACGGAAUUGGAUACUGGCUGUUCCGUUGAAAUGAUCUUGGAAUUAAAGAAAAUCCGACAAAAUAUAAAUACGCGUAUGCUUCGCAUAUCGAUAGCUGAUGAUUCCGAUUUUCGAACGUUACACGAAACUUUAACGUAUCUAAAUAUUCGACAAACUCUACGUUACAGGGGUCACAGACGCAACGAUUAAUCGUACGAUUAAUUAGGCCAGUGAUUCUUAAUCGUCACGCCGUUAAGCUAGCUUACUCUGCGAUGUCAAUUUUUCUCAUCUUUCAUAGUUUUUCAAAUGAUAACUAUCAUUGUUAAACUCGUUGUGUUCGUAACGUAUCGAAACUACACCUAUACAUAUAGUUGCUCCUUGUUUCUUUGCGAAUCGUUAGGUCUGUAACUCUUAUCAAAGGUAAAGAAAUGUGUAUAAAGGACCAUCGAGGAAAAGUAAUUCAAAAUAAUUUCAAAUGAUUUCAAGGUUACAGCCUGAUUCAGUUGCGCGAAACAUCUUGCAUACAGAAUGAUCGCGUUACUAGCAACCAGCGUAUUUCUUAUAAACGAACCAUACGAAAGAGAAGAUGAAAAAUCGUCGAUGAUUUCGAAUAAAAAUUACAAUGGUUUAAAGAG